AUGAAAAGGAAAAACAGUGGCGGUAUUCCAUCCUGGAUCCCCGAUUGGAGUGUUGGAAUGGAAGAGCCAGAUCGUCGGCGCAUGCAACUUGAUGGAUUGUACAAGCCUUUCCCGCGUUGGCGGAUCGUAUUGAUUGACCGCGAACUUGAGUACUGGGAGACUGUGACAAUGGACAUGCAUAGCCUUUACGAAGAGGUAGAAAGCGGGAAAAGGAGACUGAUCCCAAAAGACAUCAUUGAUGGUCUAAUCUUCUACGAGAUGGUUCUGACAAAAAUCUAUCAGCCUAUUGAAAGUCUCGAUCCUCCAAAGGAACGGGCCAUCCAUCAGUGUGAAUCACUCUACAGGAAAUUCAAGAACGAUGACCCAAACUUCUGGUCUAAUACGUCAAUUGCGACACUUAUCGAAGCAUACUUAUCCCUACCACUGACACCAUCUUUUGUAGAGCGGUACAGACUGGAUAUUCUCAAGUGCUGCUCGAUGAUUUACUGUAGAAGAGCCCUUGAUUCUUGGCUGAAGAAAGUACAGUAUCUCGAAAGAAAGCGGUAUAAAACAAAUUUGUUACUUAUAUCGGACCAAGAGAAAGAGGAGACCGUGGCACGGAACUGCAGGCAACCCAAUCCCGAGACUCUCGAAACUAGGGACGCUGCUCAGAAGUGGAUCGAAAACAUGCGCAAAACAUUUUACACGAUGACAAAACACAUCACAGAAAAGGCUUUUGCUGAGAUUUGCCGAUCAAGGUCAAUCAUGCAGGAGACAAUGCGGUCACUGACGUUGGAAGCAACGGUCGCCGUUGAGGAAAACGGGAUUUUGGGCGUUUCUAUGACAUUUGACCAUGAUCAGGGAACACCCCCCAAUGCGGGGCUGAUAACUCAACUUUCUGGUCAAAUGCGUGUGGCUUCAUCAAUUCUGAACACCUGGACUCUGCCUGAUGUAUUUCAAGCUGUGCAGCAGGCUAAAGAUGCUUGCAAACGCCUUAUAAACUUACACCGCAACAAGGAUAUCAGCAUCACUGAUCAUGACUAUGUGGCUCUGUUUUCAAAGGCUGUUGUUUUCACGGGCUCGGCGACAUGGAUGCGACAUCUUAGAGUCGAUGGCCUAAGAAGAGCAACGCACUCUGAAGAACAGGUUCUGAGAUUAAGGAGUGAAACCGAAGAACAAGCAUUCGGAGAAAGCAAAAAUGCCUUGCAUAUAAGCUCAAAGUUCAUUGCUACUGUUGGCCAGUGUACUGGGAGGCUUCUCACCUUGAUUGAUCCGGCCUCCCGCAUUUUUACAAUCAGUCAGUGGGCACUAUGUGCGCAGAAUCUGAAAGGGCCUGACUUUGCUGCGAGUUUUGUUAGAGCUCUCGUUGGUGACAUAUAUGAGGAGUCACCCGGGAAGUUUCGCCGACUUCGUCAACCUGAGAUCAGACUACUGCACAACUGGUUUGUAUCUUGCUUACUACCCCAACUCUGUGAUAUGGAUCCAGCGGUGCAUGGCGAGUUUUGGACACGCCUCUCAUCUACGGAAGAUCAGUUCAAUGUUGAGUUGGAUGACAAGAAGUUAUUCGACACGGAGAUGAGGCUUACGACUGAAGGGAGGGUAUUAUUCAUUACAAAGGACAAUAGAAUGGGAUUUGGACCAGGAUCAAUGGUAGUAGGAGAUCAGAUAAGAGCUUUGCCAGGUGGUAACAGCCCAUUUGUGCUGCGGCCGAUGGGUAGGAACCGAGACAGGUCAGAGCAUUCAUAUGAAGUUAUUGGGGAUUGCUUCUUUCUAUUGGACCCCAAGGAACAGGAUAAUGGCGAGGAUGAUCUACUGCAAGGAUGUCUUCCCGUGGAGAUCCUGGGUCAGCUUUUCCCAACAGGUUAUAAGUCUACUAAUAUUCUCUUAUUAUAA